AUGGAGAGAAGUUUGUUUCCUUCUUCAGUCCGAUACACUGAACACCGUAACCAAACCACGAUAGUGAGACCUUCACAGCCGGGGAGUCUUGCUAGCCGCAGAAAGACGCCGGAAAUGAACGCCGGAGGUCCUAGAGUUGUACGGAUAUCCGUCACCGACGGUGACGCAACGGACUCUUCAAGCGACGAAGAGGAGGGAUUUGUCAAACGCCAGAGAGUGAAAAAAUUCGUUAACGAGGUCACAAUAGAGUCUUGUUCUCGGGAAAACGUUAACGGAAAUGUUAAUGGAAAUGGAAGAGUUAACAGAGUUUGGAGGAGCAGAUUAUCGGCCAAUGAUCGCCGGAAAAAGUCUGCCGGGAAAAUAGAAUCUCCGGCGAAAGGGCUGAAAGUAGGCGGCUCAGGGAAGAAGUUUCGGGGCGUACGGCAGCGACCAUGGGGAAAAUGGGCGGCCGAGAUCAGAGAUCCACUGAGACGUGUACGGCUGUGGUUAGGCACAUACGACACAGCCGAAGAGGCCGCCAUGGUUUAUGACCACGCAGCUAUUCAGUUGCGUGGUCCGGACGCGCUCACCAACUUCGCGACUCCUCCAGCCAAAACAGUUUCAGAAAACAAACCGGCCGUCACCUGUACUGAUUACAAUUCCGGCGAGGAGUCUCAGAGCAAUCUGCGAUCUCCGAGAUCUGUUCUCCGAUUCGUCUCUCAAGCUGAGGAGUCCCAAACCGAAGAAGCUGAAUCGUCUCAAAGUCAUCCACCAAAAGAGGUGAUUGGAGACCUAUCCGAUAUCGUAGACGAUAACAAUAUCUCCGUAUCAAAGGAGUUUUCGGAUUUCUCUCCAUUUGAAACCAUCUUUCCAAACAACUUCUUCGACUUUGAUUUUGAGAACCAAAUGCCGGAUCUGUUCGAUGGGAUAGGUCUCUCCGGAACCGGAGACGACUUUGGUACUAUGUGCACCGGGUGGAGUAGUGAUUUCGGAUUCGGAUCUUCAUCCUGGCCCAUGGAUGACUAUUGUCAAGAUUAUGGUGAUAUAUUCGGAUCCGAGCCUCUAGUAACCCUUUGA